GUGCCUAUAAACAGUGUAUAUUUGGAAUAUGAAAAUUAAUGACAAUCCUAUACAUCUUUUUCUUUAUGUUUGAAACAUAUUAAUUAACAUAUUGGACGAGGAAGUGACUGACAAAUGUGGUUGUUAUCAACGAAUUUAAUAAUGGUAUUUUAUAAAAUAAUAUAUAGCGUUAUUUUAGCACAUUUGAUUCAAGGACAGAGUUCGGGUGAUGUAAGGUUGGACAAUUCAAAAAGGCUUGAAAUUUAUUAUAAUGGUGUCUGGGGUACAGUCUGUGAUGAUGAUUUUGAUGACAACGACGCUAGAGUGGUCUGUAGACAACUUGGAUUUAGCAAUGGAAUUUCAUUAGGAAAUGCAGUAGAUGACGGCAGCGGCACAACAUGGCUUGAUGACAUGAAGUGCACGGGAAGUGAAAGUAAAUUAAAGUAUUGUUCACAUGCAGGUUGGGGAGUAGAAGACUGUAAGCAUGAGGAAGAUGUUGGGGUUCUUUGCAACGACAUUAAUAGUCCAGUUAAUGGUGGAUGGUCAAGAUGGGCACAGUGGACGACAUGUAGCAGCAGCUGUAAUGACGGACUUCAGACCAGGUUACGUGGAUGCAAUAACCCUUCACCUCAAUAUGGAGGAACAUGUUGUCCUGGGGAAUCAUCACAGACAAAACAAUGCAAUAUUAUCUCUUGUCCAGUUGAUGGUAGUUGGGGCGAUUGGUCCAUGUGGAAAUCUUGUAAUGUAACAUGUGGUGGUGGAAAGCAGUUAAGAUUACGAAAGUGUGAUCGGCCUGUUCCAGCAUUUGGAGGUGUAAAUUGCCCUUCAACUGAUUCGGAGUUUCGACAAUGCAAUACAGCAAAAUGUAUAAAAGUAAUUGAUGGUAUUUGGUCGGAAUGGACACAAUGGACUGAUUGCACUCGACGUUGCAAUGGUGGCCUCAAGGAGAGAGCACGUAGUUGUGACAAUCCUCCUCCGAUAAAUGGGGGAUCGUAUUGCAAUGGUACCUCAACUGAAGCAGACCUAUGCAACACCAUCUCUUGUUCAGGUAUAGAGACCAAAAUGAUAUUAGCUUUACUAGUUGGAGGAGUAUCUGUGGGAUGUAUUCUGAUAACAAUUGCCUUGAUGUUGCUGAGUAUACGUGUGACUGGAUGCACGAGAAAACAGAAGAAAGAUGUUGCAGAAUCUCGAUUAACAGACGAAACGGAAGAGUUGUAUAUAUACCAAGCAUCAGAACAGCCAGCACAAGUAAAAACGAACUUUAAAGAAGACCCGGAAGAGUUAUACAUAUAUCAAGAAUCAGACCAACCAAUAAAAGCAAAUACCGGCUUUAAAGAAGAUACGGAAGAGUUGUACAUAUACCAAGAAUCAGACAACCAGCCAACACAGUCAUUCAACAAUUCUGCCUACCGUCAGGAUUUUAAUUCCAAGGAUGUUGCUAAAACAGGCGAGGAUGUUGAUCCAUGUGAUAUUUAUGAAAAUUAUGAAGAAAACUGUUAUGCUAAUUUUUAAGAUGAAAAAUGUUUAUCUUAAACCGUAAGGAGUCGGUAUGAUUAAGACCAUGACGUGUUUAGGUUGAAAUCGGUUAGAGUUCAUUUUUUUGUAAAUAUAGAAAUAUAAGCAAUGUGAUUUACCAAAAAUUGUUUACAACUAAAACGGUGCUAUUUUAACUAUGAAGAUUGGUAAACAUAUCGUUCCUAGAUUGAAAAGUUUUUGUCACUAC